AUGGUGCCGCUGCGUGCCCGGCGGGGGCUCGCGCCCCUGCGCGCCCAGCCUGCCGGCCAGAGGGGAGAACCAGCUCACCGCGCCUGCGGCGGCCCCGGGAAUGAAAGCGGGGGUGGGGGGCGCUCCCGGCCCCUCGGAUCUGCGUGGAAAACAAGAUGGUUCUCAGCACCAGGCGGGGCUCCGCGCCGCGCCCCCUCCGCCUGCGCCCCCGCCGGGCCCCACCGACCUGGGCCCGCGACCCACUCGGGGUUCUUCCCCAGGCUCUGCGGUCCCGGCCGCGCCCGCGCACCGCAGCCUCGCCGGCUCCACUGCAGCACCCCCGCCCGCAGCCGCCGCAGCGGUCCCGAGGCGCAGCCGGGAGGGGCCGGAGCUUCGGCCGAAAGCAGCCGCAGACCCCAGCCUCGACACCCCGCGCAGCCCCGGCCCCGGCUCCCGGGGCCGGCAGAUACCCGCCCCGCACAUGCUUACCCGCCGGGCGGGGGCUCCCGCGCCCCGGGCCCUCUGCAAUGCGCGCCGCGGCUCCGGCACCGCGAUCCCGGCUCUCGGUGGGGCUCGCGCUCGGCCGCCGCGGCGCUGCCGAAGCUUCUGUCCAAGGUUCUGCAGGCGCCGCGGCCCCGCCCCCGCCGGCCGCCCCCGGCACGCACCCUAAAGGCCGCCCUCUCGGGAGCGAGCGGGUGCCAGGCGCGCGCGCCGAGCCCAGGCGGGCCCGGUGGGUCCCGGGGAGCCGCGGCCACCGGCGACUCAGCCUCGGCCGCGCUCGCCGUCCGGUCCGUGAGGGUCCCCGUGCCCGCGCGGGCGAGCGCGGCCGGUGGGGCGCGCCGGGGACGGGCGGGGCCGAGCGCCGACCCCGCCCAGACACGUGCUGCCUUUGUUCCCGCCGCGCCGCCCGCAGCUGCCGCGCGAGCCCCGGCCCCGGCCGUGCGCGGGCGCCCCGGGCGCCUAGGGGCCCUCUCCACCGCGGCCGCGGCCCGAGCUCACAGCCCUGUCAGGAAACAAGGCUCCGGGUGGGCAGCCGCGGAGCCUUCACCGAGGCCGCCAUGCGCACCCUGGAUGGCGACGGGCCCGUGGGUUUUGGUGCCUUCCGCUCCAAGGCCUCGUUUUCCUCGAACCAGGCCCGGCGCGGUGGGUCUCGGAUAUCCGGGGCAGAAAGGUGGGCAGCUCGGCCCUCCCCUCGCCCCCACACACCUGACAGGCAUCGCGGCGGCGGCGGCCUCCCAUGACCGUUACCAGCAAGGCCUCCACGCUUCCACGCGGCCGCCUGCACGUGAGGUCACACCUGUGCUCACUGCCGCCCCUGCCAGCCUCUCCGACUCGCACAUGCGCUAA